AUGUCAAUUGAGAAAGCAGCAGAGCCUCCAGUAUCCAAAAUGGGCCCUGAAAAGCACAAGCCAAGAUCGGACAAGAAGCAUAAAACUACACAUGGCGAAAAGCGGAAACGAGACCACGGAGAGGACGGGCUCAAGGCAAAAUCGAAGAAACAUAAGUCGGACAAGGCAGCGUCUCAAGCCUCAGCUCUGGAUAUCACAGCCCCAGCCUCGCCGUUUCACAUCCAAACAGCAUCGCUAUACCUCCCAUUAGCGCCAGUCUCUCAAAAAUACCCCCUCGAAGGACUCUGCGCCGAGCACAUCUCUCCUCUCAUCCUCACUUACUACCCGCCCCUCAGUGGAGUUCUGCUAUCAUACAGCAAUCCACGAUUAUCCGAAAAGCCAUUCAAGGACGACGGAGAGUCGGUGCUGCUGCGGAAUAUCGACGAAUAUGCGGUUAGUUGGGCUUGGGUAACAGCUGAAUUUCUGCUUUUCAAGCCGGAGAAAGGAGCCUUGUUGGAGGGCUACAUAAAUCUUCAAAACCAGGGCCAUCUCGGAAUAGUGUGUUGGAAUCUGUUCAAUGCCAGUAUCGAAUCGAAGAGAUUACCCUCUGAGUGGAAGUGGAAGGAUGUGAGCGAUAUGAAGAAUAGACGAAACGCGGAACAGGGAGAGACGUAUGCGGAGGAAGGACCGGGAUUCUGGGUUGACGGUGAAGGAAAUAAGGUCGAGGGUAUGGUCAAAUUCAGGGUGAGGGAGAUCGAGUCGAGCCAUGACAGGGAGAGGGGGUUUUUAAGCAUUGAGGGCACGAUGUUGAGUGAAGGGGAUGAAGAGGAAUUGGUUGAGAGUGAACGGGUAGGGGCACAGACCGCGAGGGAUACUGCUGGAAGGCGGCUUGGUGGGUCAAAAGCUUUGGGAGCAACGAGUUUGGGUGUGAUAGUGGAGACGGAUAUGAUGGACGUCGAUCCAACGGCAAGCAAAGUUUUACCUACGACCCUCCUUUCGCUUCAAGAUCCGUCUAAAUUCAUGACAUCAACAUCCAACUCACCACCAAGACAACAUCCCUCCAUACAGAGGAAGCGUACAAUGGCUGUACUCAUCCGGCUCAGAACCAACAAGGCAGGAGCCAACGGUGACGCAGCCUUCCAGUCAGGCAAGGAAGUCCUGAAGAAGAAUAUCAGCCUGUGGUCCAUCCCCUACGAACUCCCCGCUACCGCCAACGAGGGUCCUCCUACGGAGCCAGUGGUCAUUCGCCACUCUUUCGACGACCUCCCAAACGGUGUUGAGGUGGUCUCAUAUGGCAAUUGUUUCGUCACUGGCCUCAUUAGAGCUUACCAUCAAGGUCUUCAUCUCCGUUUGAGACCAGAGGACGUUUGGCUUUCAAUACUGUCUCAACUCAGGGUCUACGCAUACCGUCAGCCUAACUCCAUCCCUGGACUCUCCUCUUCCCACAAUUUCAAUGUCGACCUCUCCAUCGAUCUGGAAACUGAUCCCGGAACAAUCGACUCCACCUAUCUGGAGGAGAAGAUAUCUGGACUAUCCCACACACUUAUGAGCAAUGAUGCCGAUCUCAGGCAUUGGAUUCUCCCGAAUUUUAGCUCGACAACUACGACCGACCGAACAGUUGCCUCUGUUGUGAUGAUGGGCCAAGUUCGAAAGUCUACAAAACCUGAUUACGAUAGCCGCCUUCGAAUUGGAUUGUCGUCCGUCAAAUUGCUGGGAGAGAAAUCAGACUGGGAAGAGAUUUUGCGCCGAGUAACGGAGCGAGUUCCUACCUUUGGCAGCAAGGCUACUGAAUGGUUCAAAUUUCUGGACCCAGUCAUCAAAGGCAUCAUCUUGUCCUUUGAUUCUCCCGAUCUCCCCCAGACCAAGGAGUUUUGGGGUCAGGCAUGCCAUUUCGACGGUGCCAACCUUGGUGUUGAUAGAGAAACCAUCACAGGUUGGAUCACAGCUUUCUGCUUCUGGUCAGACUCGGGAGAUUGUCUCCACCCGGAUUUCAUCGACGGGAAUGCCCUCCACCAUCAUCGAAACCCUAUCGAACAGCCCGGCCGUGGAGAUGCACGUAGUAUACUCUGGGAUCAGGAUAGAGAUAAUUGGAUUGUCACCAACCUUAUUGACCGCAAGAACAUCUUCAUCGGAGGUGUGAAAUGUCCUCACAUUCUCCCCGAGAAUAUCCCAAAUGGCACUGCUACGGCUUUGACAUAUGUGAGAGAUUACUCCAAUCGGGUGGCCUACUCUGUUACCAUAGUUGCAGGCUCUAUGGGAGCGGUACCUACUGCGGUUGGCUAUCUUCAUGAUGAGACUGUCCUACAACCUUGGUCUGGCUGGUUUCUAUUGGAAGAUGGAUUGAAAGCAAUGCCGCCACUCCAACAGCACAGGGUUCUCAAUGAGAAUGGCCAUGAAACCGGCUCUGAAUUUUUCUGUAUUUUUCUGACUAUGAAUGGCACUCUGCGAGCGAUCAUGGAGAGUGGUUGGAUUAAGGGACCCCCAUAUGAGGACUUCAAGCAUUUGAUUUUACUAGAAGUCCAUGCGGACGCCUCGAAAUUUGCCUCCAAUGUCACCAAGGAGGAGGCCUAUAAGCAGUCUCUCCCAGCUCCUUCCUCGGAAGUGAAUUGGGCUGGAUUCUACGUCCUCGAUCCUUCCACCCCCAACCAACUGAUUCUGGGCCCCUUCCACGGUAAAGUAGCCUGUCAAACCAUCAGGUUCGGAAAGGGCGUGUGCGGCGCUGCGGCAGAGAAAAUGGAGACCCAGCUCGUUCCAGACGUGGAGGCGUUCCCUGGCCACAUCGCAUGUGAUGGAGAUUCGAAGAGCGAGAUUGUGGUGCCUAUCUUGGUGAAGGGAAAAGUUAUGGCGAUCAUUGAUAUCGAUUGUGCGGAGAUUCAAGGUUUUGAUGAGGUUGAUAAGAGAGAGUUGGAGGAGUUGGCGGAGUUGUUGGCUCAUUCAUGCAAUUGGUGA